CGAGUUGCCCGUGUGUGUGAGCUGCAGCCAGAGGAUCUGUGAUGACCAGUACCUCCAGGCCCUGAAUGCUGACUGGCACGCAGACUGUUUCAGGUGUUGUGAGUGCAGUGCCUCCCUUUCACACCAAUACUACGAGAAAGAUGGGCGGCUCUUCUGCCAGAAGGACUACUGGGCGCGGUAUGGCGAGUCGUGCCAUGGGUGCUCGGAGCACAUCACCAAGGGGCUGGUCAUGGUGGCUGGGGAGCUAAAGUACCACCCCGAGUGCUUUAUCUGCCUGACGUGUGGGACCUUCAUCGGUGACGGGGACACCUACACGCUGGUGGAGCACUCCAAGCUGUACUGUGGACACUGCUACUACCAGACCGUGGUGACCCCUGCCAUUGAGCAGAUCCUGCCCGACUCCCCUGGUUCACACCUGCCCCACACCGUCACCCUCGUCUCCAUCCCAGCCUCAACCCACGGCAAACGUGGUCUCUCUGUGUCCAUCGACCCACCUCACGGCCUACCAGGCUGCGGCACUGAGCACUCCCACACCGUCCGCGUCCAGGGAGUGGACCCAGGCUGUAUGAGCCCAGAUGUGAAGAAUUCCAUCCACAUUGGAGACCGGAUCCUGGAAAUCAAUGGCACCCCCAUCCGGAAUGUUCCCCUGGAUGAGAUUGACUUGCUGAUCCAGGAAACGAGCCGCUUGCUCCAGCUGACUCUUGAGCAUGACCCCCAUGACACUGUGGGCCACGGAGCAGGGCCUGAGCCCAGUCCCCUGGGCUCCCCAGCUCACACUCCCAGCGGGGAGGCAGGCAGCACAACCCAGCAGAGACCUGUCCUGCGGAGCUGUAGCAUCGACAGGUCUCCAGGUGCCGGCUCGCUGAGCUCCCCCGCUGCCCUGCGCAAGGACCUGGGCCGCUCCGAAUCCCUCCGCGUGGUCUGCCGGCCUCACCGCAUCUUCCGGCCCUCGGACCUCAUCCACGGGGAGGUGUUGGGAAAGGGCUGCUUCGGCCAGGCCAUCAAGGUGACACACCGGGAGACGGGCGAGGUGAUGGUCAUGAAGGAGCUGAUCCGCUUUGAUGAGGAGACACAGAGGACCUUCCUCAAAGAGGUGAAGGUCAUGCGAUGUCUGGAGCACCCCAAUGUGCUCAAGUUCAUCGGGGUGCUCUACAAGGACAAGAGGCUCAACUUUAUCACAGAGUACAUCAAGGGGGGCACGCUGCGGGGCAUCAUCAAGAGCAUGGACAGCCAGUACCCCUGGAGCCAGAGGGUGAGCUUUGCCAAGGACAUCGCCUCAGGAAUGGCCUAUCUGCAUUCCAUGAACAUCAUCCACCGGGACCUCAACUCCCACAACUGCUUGGUCCGUGAGAACAGGAACGUGGUGGUGGCCGACUUCGGCCUGGCGCGGCUCAUGGUGGACGAGAAGACACAGCCUGAGACCCUGCGGAGCCUCAAGAAGACGGAUCGCAAAAAGCGUUACACAGUGGUGGGCAACCCCUACUGGAUGGCUCCUGAGAUGAUCAACGGCCGCAGCUAUGAUGAGAAGGUGGACGUGUUUUCCUUUGGAAUCGUCCUGUGUGAGAUCAUCGGGCGGGUGAACGCAGACCCUGACUACCUACCCCGCACCAUGGACUUCGGCCUCAAUGUGAGGGGUUUCCUGGACCGCUACUGCCCCCCGAACUGCCCCCCAAGCUUCUUCCCCAUCACUGUGCGCUGCUGUGACCUGGACCCUGAAAAGAGACCCUCCUUUGUGAAGCUGGAACAAUGGCUAGAGACCCUCCGCAUGCACUUGGCCGGUCACCUGCCACUGGGCCUGCAGCUGGAGCAGUUGGACAGGGGCUUCUGGGAGACCUACCGGCGCGGCGAGAGUGGACUGCCCGCCCACCCCGAGGUCCCUGACUGAGCCUAUCCCGCCCAGAUCCCCACCUC